AUGCAAAACUUCCACGGAAACGCUGCUUCAAACGCCAACUUCGAUCCUCUCUACUCCCAAUCAAACGUCUUUCUCCGUGUACCUUCCCAAGCAAAUCAUCACCUCUGCGAGUGGAUGGAGAACGGUCAAAUGUGCGGCUUCUCCUUCGCCAAAAUGUCCGACUUCAUCAACCAUCUAAACCUCGACCACGUGAACAAUCCCACCAACGACGAGUCUGCCUGCUCCUGGUCCGGCUGCUCCCGUCAGGACAAACCCUUCAAGGCCAAGUACAAGCUCGUCAAUCACCUUCGAAUCCACACCGGCGAGAAGCCCUUUGUCUGCGACGAGAUCAUCAGCGGAAUCCCUUGUGGAAAGCGAUUUGCUCGCAGCGAAAACCUCAAGAUUCACCGACGAAUCCACACUGGCGAGCGCCCCUUCGACUGCUACCAUCCAGGCUGCAAAAAGACCUUCUCCAAUUCUUCCGACCGAAAGAAGCACAUGAAUGUCCACAAGAAAGGCGUCCUGAAAUGCCCCGUCGAUGACUGCGAGCGCGAAUACUGCCAUCCUUCGAGCCUCAGGAAGCACAUGAAAGCCCAUCACGGUGACGCAGCUCCAGUUCCAAUUCCAUCUCGAUCCAUUGUCGGCGAAAAGCGAGCACGAGAUGAAGACCAAGACGUCACCAAUUCCAAGCGCCAGAAAUCAGAACUCGACUGCUCUGUUGGCUCUCCAAACACUAACUCCAGCUCUUCCGAGGACGAAGGAUCUUCUCAUCUGACUGGAGCCUCAAAUUCAAAUGCCUUCGCCGAUAAUAUCUACGCCCACUUCGCUCAGAAUUCGACAACUGAAAACUACGCUCACAUGUUCCCAUCCUACUUCAACACCUACUACGAAUCUCUUGCUCAAACUUCCAACAUUCCCAUGUACAAUUAUUCUCUCAACUUGUAA